GGCCGCAAAGAGGUCGUCGAAAUGCUGCUCGAUAAGGGCGCCGACGUUAAUGCACAAGGCGGAUACUAUGGUACGGCGCUCCAGGCGGCCUCGGAAGGAGGCUACAAAGAGGUUGUCAAGAUGCUGCUCGAUAAGGGCGCCGACGUUAAUGCACAAGGCGGGCGCUACGGCACGACGCUCCAGGCGGCCUCGGAAGAAGGCCACAAAGAGGUC